CUUGAUUCCAAACUUAAUUUAAUCCAAAAUUUCAUUAUUAAUGUAAAUUAUAGAGUUAUUUUACUGACAAUUUAUUCCUGAAAAUUUACCUGAGUAAUUUCCAAUUUUUAGAUCCUACACACUUUGUUCCCGUUUAUUAAUUAUUUUAACGUAUUUUACAAGAUUCUUCAGUUAAAUACUUAAGAUCUUAGGCAUACUAUAGAAUUACUAACUUUACAGUGGGACAUGUGAUUACACAUUUUUUUGUCCAAUUACCUUAUAAUUAUUUCAUUAAUAAAAUAUUAUUUUUUAAUUUUUAAUUUGAAAAUGUCGAGUUCCGACGACUUAUUGGAAGUUAUUGACAUCACUGAGCCUGGUGAAAUUGGUGACUUAAAUACUCAAAACGAUACAUUUUUAACCGGAGCUGACGAACAAGUUUAUGACAGACAAAUACGCCUUUGGGGAAUUCAAGCCCAGAAAAUAAUAAUGAAUUCUCGGAUUUUAUUCAUUGGAAAAAACGGAAUUCUCGAAGAAUCCAUGAAAAACCUACUACUCUCCGGCAUGAACAUAACGCUUGUGAACAAUCAUCUGGUAACAGAAGAUGAUGUAAAAUUAUCCUUCUUUCUCAAAUCUGACGAUGUCGGAUUUCCCCAUUCGGAACGCCUGUGUGAGAGAAUGUCGAGAAUAGCGUUUAAUGAGAAGCGAAUUGAGGGAAGGAAUUUGGAACUAUUAACAGAAGUUAAUGGACAAUAUCAAUUCACAGACCCAGAACUCAUUAAAUCCUUCCACGUACUCGUCAUUUCCACAUCCAAUUAUCCCCUACACCAACUUGAGCUAAUAGAUGAGCUCUGUAGAGAGCUUGGGAUAGCAUUUUUUGCCACUCUCUCCUGUGGAACCUACGGUUACUUUUUCACAGAUUUACACCAACACACUGUACUGGAACUAAUGAAUAAAAAGUCUGGAAAAUUAACUAUACAAUAUCGCAACUUAUCCUCCGUUCUCUCCAAACCUCAAUUCCCGAAGAAUUGUGAGCCGGAAUUGAGGGCUUUAAUGGCGUUAAUUUCCCUUGUCAAGGAGGGAAAUUUGGACCAAGACGAAAAAUUAGAACAAAUUUCGACACAAUACAACGCAGACACACAAAUUCUAAAGGAAAUGAUAAAAAUGCACGGGUUGGAAUUCCCCGUUACCUCCUCCAUUCUCGGAGGUUAUCUAGCGUUGGAGAUACGUAAAUUCGUAACGAAACAGCAUGAAACUAUACCUAAUUUCUGUCUUUUCGAUAUGAUAAACUCCUCCGUUUCCACAGCCAUGCUAUAAUAUACAAACUCUAAUAUUCUAACACUAUA